GCUGCGGGUUAUUUUAACCUGGGGAAUGCCCCUCCAUCAUCCUCGACAGCAAUCAUUGAUACCCCCCCAUCUCUCCUCUACCACCUGUUCUUUCUCUCCCUCCUCUAUUCCUCCCCUCCCUCGCCAACAUGCCCGGAUCAGAGAAAAUCACUAUCUCCAUCGACCGUGGUGGUACUUUCACCGACGUGCAUGCCGUUGUGCCCGGUCGCCCCGAUAUCAUCCUCAAGCUACUGUCCGUCGAUCCCGGUCACUACCAAGAUGCCCCCACCGAGGGCAUCCGCCAGAUCCUCGAGCUUGUCACAGGGGAGUCACACCCGCGAGGUCAGCCUCUGAAGCUCGACCGUAUUGGUAGUCUGCGCAUGGGAACGACAGUAGCCACAAAUGCUCUCCUCGAGCGCAAGGGAGCUCGCUCCGUACUCCUUACCACAAAAGGCUUCCGCGACUUACUCAAGAUUGGAGACCAAUCACGACCAAACAUCUUCGACCUCUCAAUGGCUAGACCCGGCGUGCUGCCCGAAAGAGUGGUGGAGAUCAAUGAACGUGUCAUUCCAUGCCACCCCCUCGCUGACAAAGAUUGCUUUACCAAUGCUCGGAUAGUGGAGGGAACAACUGGCGAGAAGUUCCGGGUGGUGCAAGAGCUGGACAUUGAAGAGGUUCGCCCGGUGCUACAACAGUUGAAAGAGCAGGGCUACCAAUCGCUUUCAGUGGCACUUGUCCAUUCUUUCGCUUACCCCGAGCACGAACGCAUGAUCGGCGACCUAGCUGAGAGUAUGGGCUUCUCCGUCACAUUGUCGUCUAAGCUGCAACCCAUGAUUAAGGUGGUUCCCCGGGGUAUGUCUGCUGCAGCAGACGCCUAUCUCACGCCUGUCAUCAAAACCUACAUUGACUCGAUUUCGGACAGCUUCGAGGGUGGCCUGGAGAAGCAGCAAGAAUGCCGCUUCGAGUUUAUGCAGUCGGAUGGUGGACUCGUUGACUUUCGCAGAUUCAGCGGGCUGAAAGCGAUUUUGUCUGGUCCGGCUGCCGGUGUGGUUGGUUUCGCCGCUACCAGCUGGGACCCGAAGGAGAAGACCCCGGUGAUUGGAUUCGACAUGGGUGGCACAUCGACUGACGUGUCGCGCUUUGAUGGCCAUCUCGAGCACGUUUUCGGAUCCAAAGUGGCUGGUGUUCUUAUCCAAUCUCCUCAGCUCGACAUCAACACCGUUGCCGCGGGUGGUGGUUCGAUCCUGUCGUGGCGCAACGGUCUGUUUUACGUCGGGCCCGAGUCAGCAUCCGCUCAUCCGGGACCUGCUUGCUACCGGAAAGGCGGCCCACUGACCGUCACGGACGCCAACCUCUUCCUUGGUCGAUUACUGCCGGAAUACUUCCCUCAUAUAUUCGGGCCUAACGAAGACCAACCGCUUGACCUUGAGAUCACCACGAAGCUGUUUCAAGAAUUAACGCAGAAGAUCAACGACGAGAGGAAGGAGAAGGGUCAAUCGGAGUUCACAGCAGAGGAGGUGGCACUCGGCUUCCUGAAGGUUGCGGAUGAGUCGAUGGCUCGUCCUAUCCGCAACCUGACGGAGGCUCGUGGUUUCGAGACUGCAUCCCAUCACCUCGCAUGCUUUGGAGGCGCUGGUGGCCAGCAUGCGUGCACUGUCGCGGCGUCGUUGGGUAUUUCCCGCAUCAUCAUCCACAAGUUUUCAUCAGUCCUUUCGGCGUACGGUUUAGCGCUGGCCGAGGUGGUCAAGGAAUCUCAGGAGCCGGUCUCCACUGACUACUCGACCUCCCAGUCGACUCUUGAGAAGCGCUUCGGCGGCAUGAUUCAGGCGGCUACCGAAGACAUGGAAACGCAAGGAUUUUCCUCUGACCAGGUUCGCCACGAGUUGUAUCUCAAUUUGCGCUACGAGGGUUCAGACACCAGCCUGAUGAUUCUGAGACCCGAAGAUGACUCCGAUUUCCUCGAACAGUUCCGUGCCAGACAUCGCAGAGAGUUUGGGUUCAACUCAGAUAGGCCGGUUCUAGUGGAUGACAUCCGCGUCCGCACAAUCGCUUGCUCGAAGGUGAGGACGGAAAAGAGUCCUCUGGUGCAGCUGAGGGAAGCUACCAUCAAGGACGUCACAGGAGGUCCCGACAAUACCUCCCAGGCAUACUUUGACGGUCAUUCGGAACGGAUCGACACUCCUGUCUAUCAGCUCAACAAGCUUGACAAGAACACCCGCGUGCAUGGCCCUGCCAUCAUCAUCGACGAGACGCAAACCGUUGUGGUGGCUCCCAAUGCGGUGGCCAAUAUCCUGGAGACAUGCAUUGUUAUCGACCUUGAGGAGCUCCCAGGCGAUUCUGCGGCCGAGGGUGGCUCGUCAGGAAUUGACCCCAUCCGGCUCACUAUCUUCGGUCAUCGGUUUAUGUCCAUUGCUGAGCAGAUGGGUCGUACGCUGCAAAAGACUUCAGUGUCAACUAACAUCAAGGAACGCCUGGAUUUUUCCUGCGCUCUGUUCUCUCCCGAUGGAGGUCUUGUUGCCAAUGCGCCACAUGUUCCAGUGCACCUGGGCUCCAUGCAGUUUGCCGUUCGCUAUCAACAUGAGAGGUGGCUUGGUAAGCUACAGGACGGCGAUGUGUUGGUGGCAAACCACCCUAGCUCUGGUGGAACGCACUUGCCCGAUAUCACAGUGAUUACACCUGUUUUCGACCGGCCGGGUGGCACCGAAAUCAUGUUCUAUGUUGCCUCGCGUGGCCACCACGCUGACAUCGGCGGCAUCCUGCCCGGGUCGAUGCCGCCUAAAUCCACUGAGCUUUGGCAAGAGGGUGCUGCCAUUGAAGGUGACAAGAUUGUGAGCAAUGGGGUUUUCGACGAGGAACGCAUGAUGGAACUGUUGGUACACCAGCCUGCUCAGUAUGAAGGGUGCUCGGGAGCCAGAUGUGUCAGUGACAACUUGUCCGACUUGAAGGCACAGAUUGCUGCAAACACCCGGGGUAUCUCGCUGAUCCAAGCGUUAUUCGCGGAAUAUGGGGUCGAGACGGUCCAGAAGUACAUGUACGCCAUUCAGGCCACGGCCGAGACAGCGGUGCGCAAUCUAUUGAAAGACCUUUACAAGAGGUUCGGUGGCCAGCCCUUGGAGGCGGUCGACUACAUGGACGAUGGCACUCCUAUUAAGCUGAAGGUCACUAUCAAUGGCUCGGAUGGAUCUGCCGUCUUUGACUUUGCCGGUACUGGUCCAGAGGUGUACGGAGGAUGGAAUGCCCCGAUCGCCAUCACCCAUUCGGCCAUCAUUUACUGCCUGCGAUGCAUGAUUAACGCCGACAUGCCCCUGAAUCAGGGAUGCCUUGCUCCCAUCGACAUCCAGGUUCCAUCGCCUAGUAUUCUGUCGCCCACAAAGUCUGCCGCCGUGGUCGGUGGGAAUGUGGUGACCUCGCAGCGGAUCACCGACGUUGUGCUCAAGGCCUUCCAAGCUUGUGCCGCGUCGCAAGGGUGCUGCAAUAACCUGACUUUCGGCACGAACUCGAAGCGUGACCCCGAUACAGGCGAGGUGAUCCCCGGUUUUGGAUACUAUGAAACCAUCGCAGGAGGCAGCGGUGCCGGUCCGACAUGGAACGGGGAGUCGGGGAUCCACGUGCACAUGACCAACACACGCAUCACCGACCCGGAGAUUCUGGAGAAGCGUUACCCGACCCUCCUACGGCAGUUCACUCUUCGGGAGGGAUCUGGUGGCAAGGGUCAGAAUCCCGGUGGUGAUGGUGUUAUCCGAGACAUCGAGUUCCUGUCCCCGAUGGAAGUCUCCAUCUUGUCGGAGCGACGAGUCUACCGGCCCUAUGGUCUUGAAGGCGGAGGGGAUGCCCAGCCUGGGCUGAACCUGUGGAUCACAAAGGAUGUCAAUACUGGCGCGGAGCGUCAGGUGAACAUUGGCGGAAAGAACACCGUCUCCAUGAAGACUCAUGAUCGCAUUAUUAUUAACACGGCUGGCGGGGGUGGUUGGGGUGCUGCAUCUGCAUGAUUAAUGAGUUAGGAUGAGGUCGCAUUGCAUAGGGGAUAUGGACAGGAGUACUGUUGAUAGUUAGAAUAAACUAUGUUUCAUAAUCAGUCAUCGUCG